CCGACUCCUGCGCGGCAUUCCGCCCCCUCCGCCCCGCAGUCCGGUCUGGGUCUUGUGGAUUCCUCUCGCUUGUUGGUCGUCCGUCACCCAGGAAGCGGGGGGGAAGAGAGACGGGAAGGCGAGCGAGGCGCCUCAACUCCCCAACUCCAGCGAGCGAGAGGCGCCUCAGAAGUGGACUUCUCCUCACUCCUCUUCAUUCUCCCCCCCCCCACCGCCCCGUUUCCUCCGAGGAUUUCCUGCCCGCUUCUCCUCAGCCGGCCUCGGAGCGAUCCCUUCAGAGCCCCUCGCGCCAAAAGGCGGGAAGAAGGAGGAGGAGGAGAAGAAAGGCGCCUCAGAGAGAGAGAGAGGAGAGAGGGAAAGAAGCGCGAGGGCGGGCGAAAGGAAACCCCUCCGGCCAAAGGAGGCUUGGCCCGCGGGGCCGCCCAUCGUGGGCGCUGGACGGGGGCCGGGCCGGUGCAUGUCUCGCCCAGGACUCGCCGCCUUGAAGGAGCUCCUGCCGCCGCCUCAGCCUCCGUCUGCUGCUGCUGCUGCUGCUGCCCAGUUCCCCCGGCCGGGGCGCGCAGACUCCCUGAGGAUCCUUCCGCGGCGCAGGCUUUCCCCCCCGCGGGGGAAUCUCCUGGCGGCCCCUCGCCCUUCUCUUUGUGUGUGUUUUUUUGGUGUCUUGUGACUCCGGUGUGGCUUUGUCUCCUUCCUCCCUCGUUCUCUCCUCCUUGUCGCCGUCUGUCUUUUGAGAAAGGAGCGCCUUGCCUGCCUCCUUCGCCCCUCUCUCUUUCUCCCCACCCCCCGAUUCCCCCCUUGUGCUGCUGCUGCCGCCGUGUCUGUGUGUCUCGUUGGCCGGGAGUGAUGUUGCACGUGGAGAUGUUGACGCUGCUCUUUCUGGUGCUCUGGAUGUGCGUCUUCUGCCAGGAUCCCAGCUCCAAGACGGUGGCCGACCGCUACGCCGUCUACUGGAACAGCACCAACCCCAGAUUCCAGCGGGGUGACUACCAUAUUGAUGUCUGCAUCAAUGACUAUUUGGAUGUAUUCUGUCCUCAUUAUGAAGAUUCAGUGUCAGAAGAUAAGACUGAACGCUACAUCCUUUACAUGGUGAACUUUGAUGGCUACAGUUCCUGUGAUCACACUUCCAAAGGAUUCAAGAGGUGGGAGUGCAAUCGGCCUCACUCUCCGAAUGGACCAUUGAAGUUCUCAGAAAAAUUUCAACUCUUCACUCCCUUCUCAUUAGGAUUUGAGUUCAGGCCAGGCCGGGAAUAUUUCUACAUCUCAUCUGCAAUCCCUGAUAAUGGGAGGAGGUCCUGUCUAAAGCUAAAAGUCUUUGUACGGCCUGCAAACAACUGUAUGAAAACUAUAGGUGUUCAUGACCGUGUUUUCGAUGUUAACGACAAAGUAGAAAAUUCAUUAGAACCAGCAGAUGAUACCGUACAUGAGUCUGCUGAGCCGUCCCGUGGUGAGAACGCAGCACAGAGACCGAGGAUAUCCAGUCGGCUUUUGGCAACCCUCCUGUUCCUCCUGGCAAUGCUUUUGACGUUAUAGCACAUAUUAUAGUAAUCUGUCACAGACAACAUCAGGGUCUUGGAACAUCAAAGAUCCGCUUAAUUGCUCAUCCCAAGAACGGGACAUUAUAUUGGUUUUGCUGAUGUUGGUUUGUUUCCCUUCCCCAAUCUCCUCCCCUUCUUCCUCUGCAACCUGAACUGUGAGCAAAAAUUGAAGAGGCAUAACUAGCCCUCUUGCCACUCCCGAUCUUCCCCGUGGCUUUCCUUGACCCCUUCUAAAAUAAAAGGACUCCAAAUGAAAAUGCCAAAUUUCAAUAUUGACACUAGUGAUUCUUACGUUCUCUGCAGCCUCUCUUAAGAUACCGCCUCGGUUAGCUCUCUGGGCCCACCUGUAUGUGGAGAAGGAAGAAUAGUAGCAGGUGCAGUCAUUUGGAAGAUAAGGAACUUGUUUGGAAAACCAAGAGGAGUCUUUAUUCACUCCGAUACAAUAUUUAUGUCUCCUCGUUGAGCGCUGUAAGACGAUCAUGCAAGGCACUGUAUCACCAUGUCAGGACUGGAGGGGAGAUACUGAGAACAGAUAUAGCGUAACGCCAUUCCCUCCAGGAAUUUAUCAAUGAACAGGCUUUUCUUAGGGAAAGAGAUACUGUUUUGUAUGCAACUGCCUUGAAAGAUCAUUCACAGUAGAACUUAUGCUCCACAACAGACACUCUUGUCAUCAGGGGAGAAGAAAGUGGCUACUGAGGAAUGCUAGCACACAAGCAAGGUCAGAUAGAGGAAGCUUUGCUGGGGUGUGAGUGCCUCUGGUAUCUCUCUAAGUGGAUAGUGCACACCAGAUUAUUUUUCUUUUGAAACAGAUCACCAUGGUGCUACAAUAUUUUUUCUUCAAAUGCAAAGAGGCAUUUUCUGUUCCUUUUUCUUCUUCUUUGUGUGAAUAAAGUGACCUUUCCCAAGGCUGAUUUACUAGCCGGUAGCCUUCGAUACCACUCUUUAAGCGAUGAUACAUGCUAGGAUGAUAGCAGCACCGGGUGGAGAAAACAUGGUCAGAGAUGCAAAAUCUCCAGGGUGCUCAUGAUUUGCCUCCCUUUGAAAGUUUGGCAACCACUGGAGUAAACUCCUGCCAGAAAGGGACCAGGAGGGCUGUGGGUUAGGGAGAAUGAAAAGGUUAGGAAGAGCGUGUUGAACUCUGGAGUGAACGUUGAGGCAUUGGUUUUGUAGCUCUCUUCCUUUCCAACACAGUUGAAAAGUGGAAGAAAUACCUUUAUCAGCAGGAGGAUACGUAGGUGGACUCCCAAAGACCUUGAACUAAAUAUUUUUUUGAAAACCCACUAGAAUAGAAAAUGCAUUAUUUAGAUAUACCAAGUAAUUAUAUAUGCUUGUCCUAUUUAAAGAUGAUAAAAGUGGUCAGAGGAUUAUGGGGUGCUGUCUUGUUUGGUUGGAAUCAGGGCUGAACCCUUAGGCACCUGAAAACUACUUUGUUAGGGACUAAUAAAAACCAUUUACCAGGAAAUGCCUUCCUUGUGGGUUUCCAUUGGCUUAGGCAGGCGUUGACUUGCAGGAGAUUGAGUAGACAUCAUGGAAGUGAUUGUUUUGGAAAGUUGACUUUUACCGCAAACUCUUGAGAACAAAGCCUUACAAGAAUGCGCUAGAUUCCGCAGGACAACAAAAAGUGUAAUUUAAUACUAAAUCAUGAUGCAAAUGGACAGCAUUUUGUGAAUGUUUUUUGUUUGUUUGUUUGUUUAAGAGAGGAAAGCAGGAUGUGUUUUUUUUUAAAGAAAAAAGUUGAAGGGUUUCACGAUCCAAAAAUAGCAGAAAGUAAAUUUAGAGCACUCUGGGGCUUGCCUGAUACCAUACAGUAUGGGCUGUGUUUGAAAGCACAGAGACAUCUAAUACCGCACACUAACAGCCUAUGUGGAGAGAUGGCACUGUCCUUACAUUAAAUGAAUCUUCUCUCUUCAGUAUAAUGCACUUGGUGCACAUAUAUCUCAGAAAUGGCAGUGCACAGGUAGCUAGCAAGUAAUGACCUUGGAGAUAGUGAAAAAAGUCAUGGCUGUGGAGCACACCGGAUAAUGUCCCUGAGAUGGUUCCAUGCCAAUUGCAAACAUGAGUAGUACUGAUUUGAUGUCCUAACGAUGACUGUAGCUGUUUUCCAUAAUUCAUCUAUAAAUAAUGAAAAUCUGGACUCACUUCUGUCUCGAGAGCACGCUUCUUUUUAGCAACACGAAGUUUUCACCACAGUGAAUUCAGCCCUUUGCUUUGCCACAGUGCACUGCUAACCUAACAAAUAAAGGCGGCACUGCCUUACAGCAAAAGUCGCUGACAACUGCUCAACAUCCAGCGCAAUCCUUGUGGGCAGUCAUUUUGCAGGACCGCUGCUUUGGAUACUUAAUGGCAUCAGGCAAUCUCAAUCAUGCCAAACGAGCAACGUCUAAAGGUUUUUUGAAUCUCUCUGGUGUGUGUAUGCGUGUCGUUUCGACAUCUUGAAAAAGAUGCCAGUGUGGAAGUUUACAGCAGCCUUUGUCCCCCGGCGUGAAGUCCGAAGAGCCAAAUUCCGCUACGGCAGCCCCUGAGCCCAGGCAAGUGUGCCCUAUGCCACCCCCCCCCCAGUUUGCCCGAGGGCUUUGCAAAGGGUAGCGGGGAAAUAAGGAUUGAUCUGUUUGGUGGAUACUGUGUAUCCUUUAAUAGACGACAAGGUAACAUUUCGUGUUAGUUUAGAAAUAAUUGUUUUGUACUGUACUUUCUUGGAUGGCAAAGGAAAGACGAGUUAAAACAAACAAAAUGCUUUGUUCUUUAAAUUCUGUAUUAUUAGCAGCCUCUGUUGUAUAUAGUGUUUGAUAAUAAAGUAUUAAUUUGAUUCUUAUGUCUUUUGUAAGUGAGAAAAUAAAUAGACUUUCAUGAUAUUAAAAAUUAAAUAAAAGAAACGCACCCCCACUGAUCAUAUGACAGAAGCAUUCACUGUGGCGACUGAGAACCAAAUGGCAAGUAGUCGCAACAAGUCACCAUUCAGAACUCACCCAUGAAACCCAUGCACCCAGACGCUCAAGAUUUCACGAUGUCAAGACUUGGAGCCGUGCGACAUUUGAUGCUCGAUAUUUUGUCCUCAGUGUUAAUGUCCUGACGUUGGAGCCCUGUGAUGUUUAGGCUUAACCUUCCCCUUUGGGGUUGAGUUAGCAUGUUGGUUCUCAAUGGCUUUGGGAUUCUUAUUCUUAUUUCUUGCGAGGAUGGUUUUCCUUCUGAUUCUUUGUCUUUUAAAAAAAAUUCUGUUCAUGGAUGGUUUGUUUCAAAAGGGGCCUUGCCAGCAUCACAUGUGAUGUUUUACAGUGACUGGAGUGCCCUCACACCAAAAAAAUAAAGCCAACAAAUUUGAGAGGGGCCAUAUGUAAAUAAUUUUCUUUCCUGUAUAACCACUGCUGAGGGAAAGAAACAGUAGCUGUUGAGGGGAUGUGUUUGGUUGUUUGUUUUUUGUUUUUUUUUAAAAAAACUGAUAUUUAUCAAUUGCUUUAUCAAAGCAGCGGCUGUGUCAGUUUUGAAAAAUAUGGAACUCAUUCAUACUGCUGUCAGAUUAUGUGUAUUCAUCAGUCUUACUUCCCAAAUGCCCUGCAUCAGAUGUGUUCUUUUCCCUCCCCAUUCCGUAACCCUGGCAAGUUUCUUUUUUUAUAUAUAUCUCCCCCCACCCACCCUGUUUAAAAUUUGGAGCAGUGAAUGGGCAGAUCUGUUUCUGAUUUGGCAUUACCAAGUUUUUCCCAUGCAUUCACCCCUGAGUUUUUCAGAUGUGAGACAAAUCUCCCUACAAUAGACUCGCUGCCAUUGUCUGUACAGUUUAAUAGAUGCUGGCAUGUUGGAGGUUACCCAUGAGUCUACAAAAUCCGCUUUCCAUACUUACUCUUGACACCCUAUUGAAGCCACUCAUUGUGUGUCCUUCUGGGUAUGAAAGUCCAGCUCAGUGUGGUCCUGUGCUUGUACUGCCCUGCUUUUGCAGUUUCUUUGCACUUAAUUCAUUGAGUGCUGUUCUUGAAAUGCUUACACUAUAUGAACUUAACAGAAAUUGUAAAAACGAAACAAACAAACCCAUAAGAUCUGUAUUUGUAUAUACACGUGUCCGUACAAUUAUAUCUGAAUAAAAAAAAUUAAAGAUUUUCAUCAUUUUAA